AAGAGCUGGACUCUCACUGCUAUUUUGACAGUUGCAGUAAGAAAUCUCUCCAUGCCUUCUCUCUUUUCGUUUUUUCUUUUUUUUAUUCUGGGAAAUCCCAUACUUGAAAUGCCUCUAAAGAGGUGGAGAAUAAAGCUCAAUCCCAGAGACACAGAUCUGUGAACGUUACCUUCAAACGACUCACGCCCCAAAGGAGUGUUUAAUCUUAUUCUGCAACUGACUGGCUGAGCAGAUUCUGUGAUUGUAAGCUACAAACCGUUUAGAAUGAAGAAAAUCCUAGAGACGUUAUGAAAGUGUGUAUGUUUCUAAUCCUUAGGAAAACACAUGGCUGAGACUUUGAUGUACCCUCCUCUAGCAGUGGAGAUGUACUGACUGCAGACUAUGGUAGAAGAAAGUUCUAUCAACUUGUUUUGAUUGUGUCCAUAGAGCUAAAAUACUUCUAGAAACUAUGUCUGUGCUUGGUGUUUCCUCCAAGUUAAGACAGCCAGCUGUAGGAUCAAAGCCAAUACAUACAGCUCUACCUAUACCACAUGUUGGCAAGACCAUGUCACAGCAGUAUCCGUCAAGGUCCCUGGAGCUGACGAAGGCAGAGAAGUCACUGAAUUCUUGUCAGCUCAUGUUAAAGUCGUCCUGUGAUUUUGACGAGAAGAAAACUUUUCAAGGCAAUGUCAGAGAGGCUGAAGAUAGAAAGAUUUACACUGACUGGGCAAAUCACUACCUAGCAAAGUCUGGUCACAAGAGGCUGAUAAAGGAUUUACAACAAGACGUAGCUGAUGGUGUCCUGCUGGCAGAGAUCAUUCAGAUCAUUGCAAAUGAAAAAGUGGAAGACAUCAAUGGCUGUCCUAAGAGCCAGACCCAGAUGACUGAGAAUGUUGAUAUCUGUCUGAACUUUCUGGCAGCCCGAGGAGUUAAUUUGCAAGGCCUCUCUGCAGAAGAAAUAAGGAAUGGAAAUCUGAAAGCCAUUUUGGGACUGUUUUUCAGUCUGUCGCGUUUCAAGCAGCAGCAACAUCAGCAGCAGCAGUAUUACCAGUCACUGGUGGAGCUCCAGCAACAGGUGACACAUUCCCCUCCGCCUGCUGAAGGCAGUCAGCCCAAAACGCAGCAAGAUAUGCAGUCUAGUCUGGCAGCCAGAUAUGCAACUCAGUCUAAUCACAGUGGGAUUGCAACAAGUCAAAAAAAGACUACUAGACUUCCAGGACCUUCCAGGGUGCCAGCUGCAGGCAGCAGUACCAAGGUUCAGGGAACAGCUAAUCUGAAUCGAAGAAGCCAGAGCUUUAACAGCAUUGACAAGAACAAACCACCUCAAUAUGCAAACGGAAAUGAAAAAGAAUCACCAAAAGGCCCUCAACAGUCUGCAGGCAUGAAUGGAAAUGUGCAAUAUCCCACUAGCUCUGGUCAGCAAGUGGUUUCUGCUAUACCCUCUCCAAAUGCCAGUAAGCCUUGGCGCAGUAAAUCCAUGAAUGUUAAACAUAGUGCCACUACUACCAUGCUGUCUGUAAAGCAGCCUAGCCCUGCAACCUCUCCUACUCCCUCUCCUGAUAGACUAAAGCCCCCGUUGUCAGAAGGGAUUAAAACUAGUUCUUCUGGACAAAAAUCAAUGCUUGAAAAAUUUAAAUUAGUCAAUACUCGAGUUGGCUUGAGAUCCCAUUCUUCACCCACUGAGGUAAUUAUUGAGGAUGACUCCUUCUCAGAAUGUGGAGAAAAUGAAGUUGGCUCUGCCUUGAACAGCCCUAAAGUGUCACCUAAACUGGCUCCUCCAAAGGUUGGAAGCAAAAAUCUCAGCAAUAAAAAAGGGUUGCCUCAGCCAAAGGAUAAAGAAGAGAAGAGUAAAGAUAAAAAUAAACCAAAUGUGGAGAAAACUGCUAAGGAAGAAAAGGAACAGACAUCAGAAGGUUCAAAAAAGAGCUCCAAGAUUGCAAGCUUGAUCCCCAAAGGAAACAAAUCUGCACCAGUCAAAAAGGAGAGCUUGAUUCCUCAGUCAAGUGGAAUCCCUAAACCUGGGUCAAAAACGCCAGCAACAAAACAAACCACCUCCCCAGGUACUGCCCCCUCAAAAGAGCCUGAAAAAAGUAGGACUACCAAAGGCAGUCAGACACUGUCAACACCGAAAUCUACAAGCAGUGAUAAAGUAGCUACACCCACUGAAGGGAAGGUCUCUGGUUCUUCCAAUACCCACCUGGCCACAACAGGUUCGUCUGGUGCUGGUGUCCAGUUCACAGGAAAUGGGGCUGUACAGCUUCCUCAGCAACAGUACUCACACCCUAAUACUGCAACUGUGGCACCGUUCAUCUACAGAACACUCUCGGAAAAUGAGACCACUUCCUUAACAUCUUCUGAUUCCUGCACAAGCCCAACUAAAAGUGAAUCAUUAUAUAGUAAGACAGCCAAACAGUGCCUGGAGGAAAUUUCUGGUGAAGAUCCAGAAGCGCGGAGAAUGAGAACUGUGAAGAAUAUAGCAGAUCUUAGGCAAAAUCUAGAAGAAACCAUGUCUAGUUUACGUGGGACUCAGAUUAGUCACAGCACACUUGAAACAACUUUUGAUAGCACAGUAACAACUGAAGUAAGUGGGAGAAGUUUGCCAAGUCUGACUGGUCGAUCCUCUGCAGUGACAUGGAGACUUGGACAGUCUAGCCCAAGGCUUCAAGCGGGUGAUGCCCCAUCUUUUGUUGGUGCUUAUCCUAGAAGUAAUACUGGACGCUUCAUCCACACAGACCCAUCACGCUUCAUGUACACUACACCUCUUCGGCGUGCUGCUGUUUCCCGGCUUGGAAACUUAUCACAAGUUGACAUCUGUGAGAAGGGAAACCAUGACCUUGACAUGUCUUCAGAUGUGGAUGUAGGUGGCUAUAUGAGUGAUGGUGACAUUCUUGGAAAGAGUCUAAGAUCCGAUGACAUCAAUAGUGGGUAUUUAACGGAUGGUGGACUGAACUUGUACACCAGAAGUCUUAAUAGGAUACCUGAUCUUACAACAUCUCGUGAUGUCAUUCAUAGAGGGGUGCAUGAUAUUGCUGUUGACGCAGAUAGCUGGGAUGACAGCAGUUCUGCUAGCAGCGGCCUUAGUGACACACUUGAUAACCUCAGCACUGAUGACCUGAAUACAUCCUCUAUUGGUUCCUAUUCCAAUGCGGUUUCCCCUCGGAAAGCGAAUCAUACUUCGCUAAAGACAGAAGCUGAGAAGACUUGGUGCAAUGAUGAGCUGAAGAAACAAGAUGAUGAAUAUGACAUCAGUAUAGAGAGUGGCAAAUGGAAAGGACUUUCAUCUGGGCUGUCUGAUGACUCCGAAAAAGGAGGACAGAAGUCUUUAUCCAUCUCUCAAACUGGGUCAUGGAGGCGAGGAAUGACUGCCCAAAUAGGAACUACAUCAUCCAGGCACAAAUCUGGAAGCAGCUCCUUAAAAACGCCAGGAAAAACAGAUGAUGUUAAAGCUUCUGAAAAAGUGAAAGCCCCACUUAAAGGUGGCCCAUUGCAGCGCUCCCCCUCAGAUGCAGGAAAAAGCAGUGGAGAUGAAGGUAAAAAGCCACCUUCUGGAAUUGCACGACCAACAGCCACUGGAUCAUUUGGCUUUAAGAAGACCGGGGUUGGUUCACCCACUGUAUCUGGAAGUGGGGCUACUAUUACAAGUGGAUCUGCUACACUUGGAAAAAUGCCCAAAUCAUCAGGAAUUGGAGGAAAAGGUGCUGGUAGGAAGACAAGUCUCGAUGGUUCACAAAAUCAAGAUGAUGGCGUGUUGCUGUCCAACUCCAAGGCCACUCUGCAGUAUCGCAGCUUACCUCGUCCUUCUAAGUCCAGUACUAGUAGUAUUCCAGGACGGGGAGGACACAGGUCAAGUACAAGUAGCAUUGAUUCAAAUGUCAGCAGCAAAUCAGCUGGUGCAGCGGGCACAAAACUAAGAGAACCAUCAAAAAUCUCAGAGCGCUCCAGCCCUGUCAAUAUCAAUCAGACAGACAAGGACAAAGAAAAGGUGUCAGACUCAGAAAGUGUCUCUUUGUCAAACUCUCCGAAAUCAAGUCCGACAUCAGCCAGUGCCUGCAGUACUCAAGGUCUGAGACAGCCAGGAUCAAAAUAUCCUGAUAUUGCUUCUCCAACAUUCCGAAGAUUAUUUGGUACAAAAGCAGGAAAUAAACCCUCUUCCCCAGUCAGUGGUGAUGCUGCGAAGUCUGCUUCAGUCAUGUCCAGCCCCAGCAACACAUCCUUGGCUAGACAAGGCAGUUUGGAUUCUCCAUCAUCUGGUACAGGUAGCAUGGGAAGCGCUGGAGGACAGAGUGGAAGCAGCAGCCCCUUGUUCAGCAAACCCAAUGAAUUAACCCCUGACGUUAUAAGCUUAGGACAUUCCUUGGCCUCCAGCCCAGCUUCCGUACAUUCGUUUACAUCGGGUGGCCAAGUAUGGACAACAAAUUUGAGCAGUUCUUCUGCUGGUAGUAAAGAUACUUCUAGUUACCAGUCUAUGACGAGCCUUCAUACCAGCUCAGAGUCCAUAGAUUUACCUCUUAGUCAUCAUGGAUCACUAUCUGGAUUGACAACAUGUACACAAGAACUACAAAGCAUGCUUAUGCGGACUGGUAGUGUGAGAUCAACUCUUUCAGAAAGGAGUUAUCUUUAUCUUAACAGUUUGCAACUUGACCGAAACACCCUGCCCAAAAAGGGACUGAGAUACACUCCAUCAUCUCGACAGACCAGUCAGGAGGAGGGUAAGGAGUGGUUGCGUUCUCAUUCCACUGGUGGGCUCCAAGACACCGGCAGUCAGUCCCCGCUCGUCUCCCCAUCAGGCAUGUCCUCCUCUACUGGUGGGAAAUAUCACUAUUCCAAUUUGGUAAGCCCCACUAACCUCUCACAGUUUACAAUCCCUGGACCAAACAUGAUGCGAUCAAAUAGCAUUCCAGCACAAGAUGCUUCCUUUGAAUUGUAUGAAGACUCACAGUUGGGAGGAAGUGCUACCUCAUUAGAGGACAGACCAAGGGCUAUCAGCCACUCAGGUUCCUUCCGGGACAGCAUGGAAGAAGUGCAUGGAUCGUCAUUAUCGCUGGUUUCUAGCACAUCAUCUCUUUAUUCCACUGCUGAAGAGAAGGCUCACUCAGAGAUACAAAAAUUGCGUAGGGAACUGAUAGCGUCACAAGAAAAAGUUGCUACAUUGACAUCUCAGCUAUCGGCUAAUUCUCAUUUAGUGGCAGCUUUUGAGAAGAGCUUAGGAAAUAUGACUGGCCGACUGCAAAGCCUUACAAUGACAGCUGAACAAAAGGACUCAGAGCUUAUUGAGCUUCGAGAGACAAUAGAUUUGCUGAAGGCUCAGAAUUCAGCCGCACAAGCUGCUAUACAGGGAGCACUGAAUGGUUCAGAUCACCACAGUAAAGAAAUCGAGACUCAUCAGACCAGGCAACAUUUUUCCAGUCUUCAACAGUCCAAUUUUGAUAUGCGGAUUAGAAGACAGCACUCUUCUGAAAGUGUCUCUAGCAUCAAUAGUGCUACAAGUCAUUCUAGCAUCGGUAGUGGCAAUGAUGUUGAUUCCAAGAAGAAGAAAAAGAAAAGUUGGUUGAGAAGCUCCUUCAAGCAAGCCUUUGGUAAGAAAAAGUCCAACAAACCACCGUCUUCCCAUUCAGAUAUUGAAGAGCUUACGGAUUCUUCAGUACCAUCUUCUCCAAAAUUACAACAUAAUUCUGCAGAUUCCAGCUGUUCUACAUUAAAACAAUCGCCAUCCAACUCAGAGAUCUGUGAAUGUACUGAAGCAGAAGCUGAGAUUAUUCUACAGCUCAAAGGUGAACUUCGGGAAAAAGAGCUCAAAUUAACAGACAUACGCCUUGAAGCCCUCAGUUCUGCUCAUCACCUUGACCAAAUCAGAGAAGCAAUGAACCGUAUGCAGAAUGAAAUUGAAAUACUUAAAGCUGAGAACGACAGGUUAAAAGCUGAGACAAACACCCCAGGAAAAGAAGCAAAACCGUCCUCUGAAUCAUCCAGUUGUGCAUCAUCUUCCUCUUCACGGCAGUCUCUCGGUCUUUCGUUAAAUAAUCUGAAUAUAGCAGAAACCAUAGCAACAGAUAUUUUAUUAGAUGAUGCUAAAGAUUCUAGAAAUGGAACAUGCCACAAAGAAGGGAGAAGUGUCAAAAUUAUAGUUUCUAUUAACAGAGGAUUUGGAAAGACCAAGGAUGCAAAAAGUCAUCAAUAUUUAAUUGGAUCUAUUGGUGUCAGUGGGAAAACUAAAUGGGAUGUCCUAGAUGCAGUUAUUAGACGUCUAUUUAAGGAAUAUGUAUACCGUGUGGAUCCAGCUUCUAGUUUAGGUUUAACCUCAGAUGCCAUCACCAGUUAUAGUAUUGGUGAUAUAGUUAGAUCGAAUAACACAGAAGUGCCUGAAAUGUUACCUUGUGGAUACCUGGUUGGAGAUAAUAUCAUCACUGUGAACUUAAAAGGUGUAGAAGAAAACAGCCUGGACAGUUUUGUGUUUGAUACCCUUAUUCCUAAACCAAUUACUCAGCGUUACUUUAAUUUAUUGAUGGAACACCGCAGAAUUAUAUUAUCCGGACCCAGUGGAACAGGAAAGACAUAUCUGGCUAACAAACUUGCAGAAUAUGUUGUAAAUAAAAGUGGCAGAAAGAAAAUUGAGGAAGCGGUUGCAACCUUUAAUGUGGAUCACAAAUCAAGUAAAGAAUUGCGUCAGUAUCUAGCCAAUCUUGCAGAUCAGUGCAGUGCCGACAAUGAUACUGAUCCGCCACUAGUGAUUAUCCUGGAUAAUCUUCAUCAUAUAGGAUCGCUAAGUGAUAUCUUCAAUGGAUUCCUUAAUUGUAAAUACAGCAAAUGUCCAUACAUUAUUGGAACAAUGAAUCAAAGUAUUUUGUCAUCACCAAAUUUAGAAUUACACCACAACUUCAGAUGGGUGCUAUAUGCUAACCACAUGGAUCCAGUUAAAGGUUUUCUAGGAAGAUACUUGAGAAGGAAACUUAUUGAAAUGGAAAUAGAAAAAAGUUUAAGAAAUAAUGAUCUUAUAAAGAUAAUUGAAUGGAUUCCUAAGGCAUGGCACCACCUCAACAGCUUUCUGGAGACGCACAGUUCCUCUGAUGUCACAAUUGGUCCUCGUCUUUUCCUUUCCUGCCCAUUGGAUGUGGAUGGGUCCAGAAUAUGGUAUACAGACCUUUGGAAUUAUUCUGUCAUACCAUAUCUCCUAGAAGCAGUGAGAGAAGGACUUCAGAUGUAUGGUAAACGAGCCCCUUGGGAAGACCCAUCAAGGUGGAUAAUUGACACUUUCCCUUGGAUUUCUUCUUCGUCUCAGCGUCAAUGUCCAGCCUUACUACAGCUACAGCCAGAAGAUGUAGGGUAUGAUGGGUAUGUCACUGCCAAAGAGGGAACAACCUCCAGAAAUGUGCCAGACACUGACAAAGAUGGAGACCCACUGAUGAGUAUGCUAAUGCGUCUUCAAGAAGCAGCCAACUUCUCCAGUGGACAAAGCUGUGACAGCGAUGGUGCAAGUCACCACAAUGAAAGUUUAGAUCCUUCUGUUGAAUCAACCCUCUAGGAAGUCACCUCUGGAGGGUAUAUUAUUAUAGAUAAUAGUUUGGUCCAAUAGAUCACUUGCAUUGCAGAAGGAGCUCAACACCCUUACCAGGAUAAUGUGCUGGUAGGCAGGUGACUUGGCUCUGAAAAUUGCGUGAGGUGACAUAAUUGAAGUGGAUAGAUUGGAUUUGCUUCAUCAGUAUUUGAAGAUGAAUGGAGUGAUGAGAAUCUCAAUUAGUCAACUGGAAAAGGCCCAAGAUAUAAGGGCAGACAAGCAGAUUGCACAUUUGUUAGCCAAACUGGAAUGGUUUAGUUUUUUGAAAGGUUUACAGCACAGAUGUUUGUGUGUAAUGUGUGUUUUUUUUUUCUUUGACAUUAUGUAUCACUUGUGCAGUGUUUUUAAUCCACUUCAAACCUCUGAUGUAAGACAUUGUGCCGGUCACAUGACUACAUUAGUGAGAUUGUUGUGUACUGCCUCCAAACUAGAUAAUGCUCGUCAGAAAAGCACAAAAUGUAUUUGUGCAUCUAGAAGAAAAGCUACUGUGAUAUACUGGAUAAGUGCCAAUUGUAUAUCUGAACUGCCGUGCUCACAAUUCUGAAUUCCCCUGGCGUUAAGUCACUUGCUUCAAAUUGUCCUCAUCGCAACCACAGUGUUUUUGUAACCACCUGCUGCCCACUUACAUUUUUUUAUACAAAUUACUAAGGCUUCCCCCAGAGAGGCUUUUAUGUGAGCAUUGUGAGCAAAGAAAGGACAGGCAAAAGAAUAAAAAGUCAUAUGGUGCUGUCUCAUUGCCUUAAAAAUGUAUCUUAAUAGUCUUACCGUCAGAGUUCAGAAUCCGCUGAUGUGUCCUACAGUGUUUUCUCUCCCCAUUAACUUCAAAAUAUCAUUUAGUGUGGAACCUAAGCAUGUGUUCUUUUACAAAUGAGAACCAGUAAUGACUGCACAUUUGGAUGUUGUCUUAAUCUCAGAAAUACAGGUGAACAAUAGCACAUGUCUGCCAUCACAAAUGCAGAACAGAUAGUUUGAAAACUUUAAUUUUUUUGUGUAUUUGUAAAGGAGACAUUUGAAUGAACUCCCAGCAGAGCUGGGGGUAUCCGUUGAAGCAUGAGCACAAGUAGAUUUUUUUGCCCCUGUCUCUUAUAGUUCUAGGCAUGUUUGAGUUAUUCCUGUUUAAAGUUGGGUUUCUUAAUGUCAAGUAAGACUGAGGCAGUGUAGAAACUUUCAUAUAAUUAGGUUGGUUUUGCACAGUGUUUUGGGUGGGCUAUGUAUAUAGAUAUCAUGACAAUAACAAAGCCUUGCACCAUGCAAACAAAACCAGUUUGUACUUUAAUUUGUUGGUGUGUGUUUCAUGGAUUAAUAGCUAUGUUGUAAACAGAUCCAGAAUGCAACUGUUCAGACUGUUUUUCCCCCCAGUGUGCUUGCCCUGUGGUUAUUAUAACCAUGCAGGAGAUACAGUGUUACAUCAGCAUGUUUUAAAAAAAACUCUUAUGGAGCCAAUAUAUAUUACAAGGAAAUAACAGACCUAGAACAGAUUGCAUGAGACCUGAUUAACGAUACAAUUGGAAAUGCAAUGUAUCAACACAAUAAAAUACAUAAUUAUAUAAGGGCUAUGGCAUUGUGUAGAGAACAUGCAAUAGAAGCUACGUACCUUCUACAUAACUGGUGCUACACAAUACUCGUGGCCACCAUUUUGGUCAUCUACUGUAAUUCUUAUUCAAGAGCCAGGCUAUACAGCUCUUUUCUAAGGCAAGCUUUUCCUACACGGUGCUAUUGGCCCAUUGUACAAUCUUAAUUAUUGUUGUGCAUGUGCAAACGAAACGUUAAACUGACCUAAUGUAUACAAAGACAAUAUAUACUGUAGCUCAACAGGCUCCAUAUAUCUUGUCUUAGCUCAUGUCACCUGGAUUAGACGGCAAAUAUUUUCCUGACAUCUCUGACAUGCACACCAGACAUAACCUUGCAUAGAACUUCCUGCAAUACAUCUCAGUGAGUACAUGUCGUUUACAACAAAGAAAGAAAAUGUUUGUGAAACAUUUGUCUGUAUACAUUUUAUAUUUUGUACAUUUUUUUAUGUAACAUAUCAUGUAAAUAGACAGAAGCAGUGAAAUAAUUCAUCUGAAAAGUUUUGUAGUCUUUGUAAAGCCCUUACAAUACGUUUUGGUGUAAUCAAAAUCAAUUGAAUGAUGUAUUUUCUAUAAGUUGAUUGUUCUCCCAGCCUGUAAACCAGCUUGCAUCUAUUUUUUGCAGAUGUGCGCAGUGUAACUGUCUAAAUUAUUACUUUGCCAUUAAAGUGGAAUUAUUUAUUGAAUUGUCAUCUUUUC